UGUGACGUCAUCAGUGUGCUGCUCGCCGGGCUCAGAGCGUGCAAACAUGGCGGCCUUGGUGCGUGUGUGGGCUGGAAGCAGAAGGCUGUGGCCGUGGCACUGGCUAGCUGCCCGGUUCGGUGCUCAGCGGAGAACGUACGCGGGCGUCCUUAGCUCUUCCACGGACUUUGCAUCAAGCAGGACUCCCGUCAGCCGCUGCCCUCCGCGCGCUCUCUUCUACCGGGCGCUCCACGGCUACGGGGCGUCUUCUGGAGACGGUGGUGAGGAUGAAGGGGGGAACCGGGGAGAAGACGGAGCUGGGGCAGAAGAGGCGGCCUAUGGAGCCCCCAUCGUGACGGCUCUUGCGCCCCUUAUAGUUCCUGAAGUCUUCCCUAAUGUCCCUGUGAUCCCGGUGUCUAGAAACCCUGUGUUCCCCAGGUUUGUCAAGAUCAUAGAGGUCAAGAACCCACACUUGGUGGCACUUCUGAGACGUAAAGUAAGACUUGCUCAACCCUAUGCUGGAGUUUUUCUCAAGAGAGAUGACAAUAAUGAAUCUGAUUCUGUUGGAAGCCUGGAUGAAAUUUACCACACAGGAACCUUUGUUCAAAUCCAUGAAAUGCAGGACAUGGACGACAAGCUGCGUAUGAUUGUCAUGGGACACAGAAGGAUCCAUAUCAAUAAACAACUUCAUGUUGAAGCUGAUGAGUUCAAAACUGAAGAGGAAGUAGAAGGGAAAAAAAGAAGAGGAAACUCAGUCGGCAGGCAUGUUAAUGAGAAGGAAAAGAGCGAGCAAGUUGUUCUUGAUCCAAAAAUGGUACCUGACGUUCUUAUGGUUGAAGUGGACAAUGUAGCUCAUGAGGAGUUCAAGAUCACUGAGGAAGUCAAAGCUCUCACUGCUGAAAUUGUGAAGACCAUUCGGGACAUUAUUGCUCUGAAUCCUCUGUACCGAGAGUCUGUAAUGCAGAUGAUGCAGGCUGGACAAAGAGUGGUAGACAAUCCAAUUUAUUUGAGUGAUAUGGGUGCUGCUCUGACAGGUGCGGAUUCCCAAGAACUCCAGGAUGUCUUAGAAGAAACUAAUAUUCCAAAGCGUCUCUACAAAUCACUGUCGCUAUUAAAGAAAGAAUAUGAACUCAGCAAGUUACAACAGCGUUUGGGUCGAGAGGUAGAGGAAAAGAUCAAACAAACUCAUAGAAAGUACUUGCUGCAAGAGCAGCUUAAGAUCAUAAAGAAAGAGCUUGGCCUGGAGAAAGAAGAUAAGGAUGCUAUUGAAGAAAAGUUUCGGGAGCGUUUAAAUGACCUUAGAGUCCCUAAGCAUGUAAUGGAAGUCAUUGAUGAAGAGCUUGGCAAACUGGGAUUACUUGACAACCAUUCCUCUGAAUUCAAUGUAACAAGAAAUUACUUGGAUUGGCUAACAUCUAUUCCCUGGGGGAAGUACAGCAAGGAGAACUUGGAUCUGCAGAGAGCUGAGGAAGUUUUGGAAGAAGAUCAUUAUGGGAUGGAAGAUGUCAAGAAGAGAAUUCUUGAAUUUAUUGCUGUGAGCCAGCUUCGGGGAAGCACACAGGGGAAGAUCCUUUGCUUUUAUGGGCCACCAGGAGUAGGAAAAACAAGUAUUGCUCGCUCUAUUGCUCGUGCAUUGAACAGGGAGUACUUCCGGUUCAGUGUAGGUGGGAUGACUGAUGUGGCUGAAAUUAAGGGCCACAGGAGAACUUAUGUUGGAGCCAUGCCUGGAAAAAUUAUCCAGUGUCUAAAGAAAACCAAAACUGAGAAUUCUCUCAUUUUAAUUGAUGAGGUCGAUAAACUAGGUCGUGGAUAUCAAGGUGAUCCAUCUUCUGCUCUCUUGGAACUCCUGGAUCCAGAACAGAACUCAAACUUCCUUGACCACUAUUUGGAUGUACCUGUAGACUUAUCUAAGGUUCUCUUCAUCUGCACAGCCAAUGUCACAGAAACCAUUCCAGAACCUCUCAGGGAUCGGAUGGAGAUGAUCAAUGUCUCUGGUUAUGUAGCCCAAGAAAAAUUAGCUAUAGCAGAGAAAUAUCUAGUACCACAGGCGCUGACCAUGUGUGGUUUGGAUGAAGGAAAGACUCGUAUCACAUCUGAAGCACUCACUGUUCUAAUUAAACAAUAUUGUAGAGAGAGCGGUGUACGAAACUUGCAGAAACAAGUGGAAAAGGUUCUACGUAAAUCUGCAUACAAGAUUGUAAAUGGUGAAGCCCAGUAUGUGGAAGUGAAUUCAUCCAACCUCCAAGACUUUGUAGGAAAGCCUAUCUUCACUGUGGACAGAAUGUAUAAUGUCACUCCACCUGGAGUGGUCAUGGGCCUAGCUUGGACUGCUAUGGGUGGUUCCACCCUUUUUAUUGAGACAUCCCUCCGUUGUCCUUUAGACAAAGAAAAUAAAGAUGGUUCCUUAGAAGUAACAGGCCAGCUUGGAGAUGUUAUGAAGGAGAGCGCUAAAAUUGCUUACACAUUUGCACGUGCCUUCCUUAUGAAGAUACACCCCGAUAAUGGAUUCCUAGUGACAUCUCACAUUCAUUUACAUGUGCCAGAGGGCGCUACACCGAAGGAUGGGCCUAGUGCAGGCUGCACAAUUGUUACUGCACUGCUGUCACUUGCUUUGGGACAUCCAGCUCGUCAAAAUGUGGCAAUGACUGGAGAGGUGUCACUGACUGGGAAAAUCCUGCCUGUAGGUGGUAUCAAAGAAAAAACAAUAGCUGCAAAAAGAGCAGGGGUUACAUGUAUUAUUCUUCCUUCUGAAAACAAGAAAGAUUACUAUGACCUGGCUGAGUUCAUCACUGAGGGGCUAGAAGUGCAUUUUGUUGAACACUAUGAUGAGAUUUAUGAUAUUGUUUUUCCUUCACAUUGACAGCUCCCAGUAUCAGCAAUUCUUUUAUUUCGGUGCCAGCUACUGGAAUAACUUGCUUCAUAUUGCUGCUGUGCAGCCAUUAUCAGUUCACGGCUAAAUUUACUGUUUGACAUCUGUUUAGUGAUGUAAUUAUUAAAAUGCUUUUACUCUAUGUAA